UUGUGUUGUGCGCAGCAGGGCUUGUGACCCGCCCCCGCGCAUCGGAACAGGGUAGAAUCGCUGCUAGCUACCGGCUCGGUGCUGCUGUCCAUCGGGCUCUACGAAAGAAGCACCAUUUCAUUCCAGCCGCAAUUAGCUCUGUCUGCUAUAUCACAACAGAAUGGUGAUCGACAUGGCUGAUUCACAGUACCUCCUCAUCUUGGCCCCAUCAUUGGUCAUCAUCCUCAUGUUCCUCUUCUUCUGGCUCUUCAUGAAAGAGACCUCCUACGAUGAAGUUCUGGCUCGCCAGAAACGAGAUCUGAAGUUGCCACCAGUGAAGACGGAUGCCCGCAAAAAGAGCGAGAAAAAAAAGAACAAGAAGAAGGAGAUCAGUGGAAGCGGAGGUGGUGGGGGUAAAGGGGGUGAAUCAGAGGAAGACCUACGAGAAUUUGAUCUGGUUGAUGCCACCAGCUCGACCUCAAAUGAUGAGGUCCUUGAGGUGGUGCCUGUGCCAGUGCCUGUUUCUGUCCCUGUGCAGUCAGAACCACCAACAGGAGUGAGAGAGAGGAAGAAGAAAGAGAAGAAAUCAAAAGCUGCUACUUCUGCUUCUGUGGCAGCAGCUGCUCCUCCUCCUGCUCCUGUCUCCACUGAGAAACCAGAAGUCAAUGGUGCAAAGCCUGCUGUCCGUAAGGAGCAGCCCCUCCCCCUUACCAAACAGCCCAGCCCACCACAGGCGCAAGCUACACCUCCAGCUGCAGCUGAAACUACUGGCAAGAAGAAAGCUAAGAAACAGAAGAGUGAGACUGAAGAGCCUCCAGCUGAGGUGAAGGCUGACCAGUCUCCUGUUGUGGUGAAGAAGGUGGAACCUGUGCUGGCAGAGCACAAACUACAGGAUGGAGCUGCUCCUGUUGCCGUUCCUCCUGGACCCACCACCUCCACUGGCAGUGGCAGGAGAAAGAGCAAGAAACAGAAGAUGGAGGCUGCUGUCGCAGUCAAUGAGACUCAGGUCCAGUCAGCUCCUCCUGCCACCCAGACUGACUCUGUCCCUCCAGCGAACCACCAGAGCAGCAAGAACGAUGAGGUUGCUGCUCCUUCCCCGGCUCGUGCUUCCACCAAACAAAGCAAGAAACAGAAAAACGAAACUGACAAAGAGAACUCCCGUGUGAAGCUGAAGGAGCUGCUGGCCAGUCUGGGUGGCCUGGUGUUGUCUGAUGCUGAUGUGGUGUCUGUGGUCUCUCUACUCCGUGACAAGAGCCCCAAUGCCUUGGACAGCUGGUAUAAAUCUGCAACUAAGUUUGAGCCCUCAGCUCAGCAGCUGGCAGAGAAAGACCGUCUUCUCACAACCCUACAGGAGGAAGCCUCCAUCGCCAAGGACAAAGUCAAACAGCUCAGCCAGGAGUUGCAGGCCGAGAAGCAGAAGAGCAACCGUGCAGAAGCCAUGCUGCGGGAACAGCGGGUUGCCAUGGAGAAGGAGGUGAGCGUCAUGCAGGCCAAGGCUCAGGGCAGCUACCAGGAGCUUCAGAGCAUGCAAAUCAAGUUUCAGACGAUGAGAGAGCAGAUGGAGGGGCAGAUCAACAGACUGCAGAAAGAGAACAACAUCUUUCGUGAUGCUGUUAGCUCAGCCUCUACCCCAAUAGACAACAAGCAAAACACUGAGCUGAACAAUCUGCGCUCUGAGUGUUCAAGUCUGAUGAAGGACCUGGCGGAGACCAAGAACAAGCUACAGCAGGAGGAACUCCAGAGAAAGAGCCUGGAGGUCAACUACAAGCAGAACGUGUCGCAGCUCGAGGCCCAGUUACAGGAUGCUAAGCGGCGUUGGGACGAACUGCAGAGCUAUUUGCACAGUGUGAACUCUGAGAGAGAAAAACUGCAGGCUGCCAAACAAGAGCUGCAGAGUCAGCUGCUGGCGGUAGAGACCGAGAUGAAUAAUAAAAACAAGGAGAUCCAGACCCUCCACAGCAGUCUGACUGACACCAUGGUAUCCAAGGAGCAGGUGGAGCAAAAGGUCAUGCAGCUUUUGGAGGUCUCGCAGCACAACUUGCAGCCUGACAACUCGCUACAGGCCCAAGUGCAGGACCUUAUGACUGAGAACAAAUCACUCAAGGUUCAAAUUGAGAGUCUUCAGCAUCAGGUUACCUCUCAGGCCAAUGCGGUAUCCCAUUUCGAGGAACUUCAAAAACUGCUGGCUGAGAAGGAGCUCCAGAGGAAGAGUCUGGAGGAUUCCCUUAAUGCAGAAAGAAGCAGUGGAGCCAGUAGGGAGACUAACCUGCAGGCCUUUCACAGUGAAAACGUAGUCCUGAAGGCAGAGGUUCAUCAUCUGAACACACAGAUUUCUGAGCAGGCCUCCUCCCUGUUGGCAAUGGAUCAACUAAAGCAGAGCCUUCAAGAGAAAGAGGAUAAGAUUAAGACGGUGGAGGUGCUGCUGGAGACUGGGCUUAUUCAGGUAGCCAAUAAAGAAGAGGAGCUUAAGACUGUAAGAGAAGAGAAUGGCACUUUGAAGCGGCACAUUGAAGCCCUACAGCAGCAGACAGCAGAGCAGAAGCAGUCUGACACAUCAGUGCUAGAGGAGCUACAGAGACAGGUUCAGGAGAAAGAUGAGAAGAUCAGAUCAGUUGAGGAGAGUUUAAAAUCAGCAUUGAAAAAGGAAUCGAGCAGAGUGAAAGCUCUUGAGGAUCUGGAGAAUCAGUUGGGGAAUGUGGCAGCCGAAUUGGAUAAAGUGCAGAGCAGAGGAAUUCAGGAGAACGUUGACAUGAAAGCUCAGCUUCUGGAGCUCCAGUCUCAGUUAACUACUAAAGACCAUGAGAUCCAGAGACUAGAGAAACAGUUUGAAGAGAAGGCCAGAGAAGUAGAAGACAAGAUGGUAGCAACCGCUCAGCUUCUAGAGCUCCAGACUCAGUUAGCUACAAGGGAGCAGGAGCUUCAGAUACUACAGAAGGAGAUGGAGGAGAAAUCCAGACAAGCAGAAGAGAAGAUGGAACAGCAGCAACAGAUGGCAUCAAGAGUUCCCAGUGAGGAGUUACUGACAGCGAUUGCAGAAAAAGACAGGCAGCUGUCUGACUCUCAGGCUGAGCUGCAUGAGCUAAAGGAGAAAGUGGAGCUUUACAGGAGGAAGAAUAAUGAGCUUCGGGAGAAAAACUGGUGCGUUAUGGAGGCGCUGUCAGCCACCGAGACCAUGCUUCAGGGAAAACUCAGCAAGACCGUCAAGGAGAGUCAGACAUCACUGGAGACUGCUGAGGCUGAAUGUCGAGCUGUUCUGCACAGACUUCUCCCACAUGUGCCUCUGCCCACUGACCAGAGCCAUAAAGCAUGGCUACAGAACUUUGAGAGCUCCAUGCUGGAGGUGUCAGCUGGAGAAUCAGCUACAGCCAUUCAGGCAGGCUCUGCACCAGAUGCAGACGAUAGUUAUGUCCAGGAUUUGACAGAAAAGUUAAAGGAGGCUGAAGAGGCCCAGAAAGUUUUACAGAAGGAUUGCGAGACGUACAAGAAGGUUUUAGCAGAUACGGAGGGCAUCCUACAGCGGCUACAGAACAGUGUGGAGCAGGAGGAGUGCCACUGGAGGGAGAAACUGGAACUGGCCCAGACCGAGCUCAGGGAGAUGACUUUGAAGGUGACGGUGUUGGAACAGGAAGUGGACAGACUUAGCUCAGAUGGAGAGCUGGAGAGUUUGAGAAGAGAUAAGCAACACCUGGAGUCUGAACUGGAGAGAGCGGAGCGUGAGAGUGCCACUUAUGUGUCAGAGGUCAGAGAGCUUAAAGAUCUCUUGACCGAGUUACAAAGUAAGCUCGAUGGCUCCUAUACAGAGGCUGUCAGGCAGAAUGAGGAACUGAAUUUGCUGAAGACACAGCUGACUGAGACGCUGGGGAAGCUGGAGAUGGAGGAGAGUGAGCGACUGAAAGUGGCUGGAGAUCUCUACAAGGCACAACAGUCUCUGGAGCUGAUCCAGGAGGAGAUCUUAAAGGAAGCGGGGCAGAGCAACUUGAUCCAGAACAGUAGCCUAACCACUGAGGCGGAAGAAAUGGAGCACAAGGAGAAGAUAGCUGCAGGGUUGAACAAGACAGUCCAUGAAUUACAGGAAUUACUACAGGACGUCAGCCGACAACUCACCAAGCAAGAGAGGUGUGACGGAGACAAGUAGCUGAGAAAGUAGUGACAGUCUGUCUUCUGAAGGCCAGUUCUAUUCCACCCACUGCAGAUACCCCCAUUAAACUCUGGCUCUCCUGUUUCCCUUCACACCUGAUCUGAUGUGUGCUUUCUAAACCCACACCACCGACCCAACCCCAACUAAGAAGAGCAGGGAUUGGCCAAAGUGUGGCCACAUACACUCCAUGAACCAAUCCAUCUGGAUCCUUUUUCUUGACUAUCAGUUUCUCUACAGUGGCAUUCCUUACUGUCCGUAGAGUUGCCAGAGCUAAGCCAUCCGCAUAGACACAACGGUUAAACUUGUUUAUGUUUUGAUUAAUUUUUAAUCCCUUUUUGGUUGAACCACUUUGAAUACUACAUCUUUGUUAGCGCUCUUUGACAGAAGGGUUUUUAUCCUUUCGUAAAAAUGAAAGUUGAGCAUAUGUGUGUUUUAAAGACUCUGAGAUAACUGUGUACUGACACUUCACUACAUUUGUUCUGCAGUCUAAAACUUGCUUAAUUAUAUACAACACACCUGAACAAAUACACCACACACAUUGAGUUUUCUGAAUGUUAUAUUUGUUUUCCAGGGUACCCAUUUAAAAAAAAAAAUGUCUCUGUUAAUGACAGACAGCCAGGUGUCUGUUUUGUGCUACACUUUAACGCCAAUGCAACAGUCUGGCCUUGAAAGUCAGAUGCACCAUGCAGCAGAUACUUCUACUGUAAUACUUCUCAAGUACAAUGGAGAGGGAAAGAGGAUAUCAUAAUCUAUUCAAUACACUCUGUAAUGUAUUUCAUUAACAAGGAAUACUUCAAUUUUUGUUAAACAGGUGAGCGUUAUUAAAAGGGAUGCUUGAUAAAUA